UCGUCUAGAAAAUAUCGUAAGUUCUAUCACAUGUUUUGGUCGUGCAAGAUCGGAAAAUUGAGUUGCCGUCAGAUUGUUGCCAAAACCAGAAAUGGAGUUCAACAACGUAGACCACACGCUAAAUGCUGAAUCACAGAUGUCAUCAGAUUCAGCACCGCGGCCAAUUGCUAAGAUCCCCAGUGGAAGCAAGACCGUAUCAAGUGGGUUUGACCUCACCAAGCUCGAACAUGAGGGUGGUUACUACAUCCAGGCCCAGCAGUUGCAGGCUGCGAACGCCCGAUCGCACCUCGAACACAUGUGUGCCCUCGACAUCGACUCUGAGCCACACAUGGUCCGGAUGUCCGGGAUCAUAUGUACCAUCGGCCCAGCCUGUAGAGAGGUACAGACCUUACAAAGGAUGAUAAUUGAAGGAAUGAACAUCGCCAGAUUAAACUUCUCCCAUGGCACAUACGAAUAUCAUGAGGGUACCAUCCAGAACAUCCGUAAAGCUGUGUCUGCAUUCAGUGAACCGCGAUCAAUCGCCAUCGCCCUCGACACUAAAGGGCCAGAAAUCCGAACCGGACUUCUUAAAGGGGAUGUGACGGCGGAGCUGAGCCUGAAGACAGGGGAGAAGAUCCGCCUGACCACCGACAAGAAGUACUACGAGCAAUGCACCAAGGAUCACCUGUACGUCGACUACGUCAACAUCACCAAGGUCAUGAAGGUCGGGGGACGCGUCUACAUCGACGACGGGCUCAUCUCCGUCAAGGUCCUCGCAAAAGGCAAUGACUAUCUUGAUUGUGAGAUAGAGAAUGGUGGGGAGCUUGGAAGCAAGAAGGGCUGUAAUUUGCCUGGGGUUCCCGUUGAUUUGCCGGCUGUCUCUGAGAAGGACAAAGAAGAUCUGCAGUUUGGUGUUAAACAGGGCGUGGACAUGGUGUUUGCGUCGUUCAUCCGGAGUGGCGAUGGAAUCAAGGCAAUCCGCGAGGUCCUGGGGACGGAGGGAAAGAACAUCAAGAUAAUCGCCAAGAUUGAAAACCAUGAGGGCGUCCGAAGAUUCAACGAGAUCCUGGCCGAAGCCGAUGGCAUAAUGGUUGCCAGGGGCGACCUUGGCAUUGAGAUUCCUCCAGAGAAGGUGUUCCUUGCACAGAAGAUGAUGAUCGGGCGAUGCAACCGAGCGGGCAAACCAGUCAUAUGUGCCACACAGAUGUUGGAGAGCAUGGUAAAGAAGCCACGGCCGACACGUGCAGAGAGUAGUGACGUGGCCAACGCAGUGCUGGACGGCGCUGACUGCGUCAUGUUGUCGGGGGAGACCGCCAAGGGAAUCUACCCACUGGAAUCUGUGAAGAUGAUGCAUCACAUCUGCCGAGAAGCCGAGUCUGCUGUUUUCCACAGUCAGCUGUUUGAGGAACUGCGGCGUGAGACUCCGUCAAACACGGACGCCACCCACACCAUCGCCAUCGCGGCCGUCGAGGCGUCGUUCUCGUGCAUGGCCUCGGCGAUCAUCGUCAUCACAACAACUGGAAGAUCGGCACAUCUAGUGUCCGCAUACCGACCACGCUGCCCGAUUCUGGCCAUCACUCGGAAUCCCCAGACGGCUCGCCAGUGUCAUUUACACCGAGGCAUUUUCCCCAUCCAUUACGUAGAGUCCCGUAUGAAUGAAUGGACCGCCGACGUAGACCGGCGAAUCUGGCGUGCGAUCGGCUUCAGCAUCGACCGCGGUUUCGUGCGCGCCGGCGAACCGGUGAUCGUGCUGACAGGGUGGAAACCGGGGGCAGGCUCGACCAAUACCAUGCGCAUCAUCACCGCGGCCGACAUGAAGGACAAGGAGUUACUUCCCCCUAUCGUCGUGAACAGUGUCCCGAGCUUCGCCAAGAUCCAGUCGGCCGAUUCGCUCCCCUCGACAGAAAGCGACGUCUCGGUGACGGUCCAGGAUGAAGGGGAGCCGGGUGUAAAGUUCUUCUAGGUGUAGGUUUUACACAGUUAACAGCAGGGUUAAUUAUAUAGGGCGUCUUACACAGGCUUUUCAUUUAGUGAUGUCAGAUUUUUUAAAGUUUGAAACAGGGUGUUAACUUGUCAUUUGGUUACAGAAAACAUUCAAUAGCCAGGACUAAUACUCACAGGGUUAUAAGGGAUUUUUUCACAGCUUCAUUAAUGAUGUCUUUUUUUUAAAAGUUACACGCUUUUUGAACAGGUGCGAAAUAGAGCUUUAUAUUUACUCGCCAGUUGGCUGGUGAAGAAUUGUUUUUCUUCACUAGCCAGAGCUUUUACUCACCAGCCAACAUAUCCUAUACAUGUACAUGACUGAAGUGCUAAAGUUUAUGCUUAUAGUACAUGUGUAUCUGACUGAUUUGCUGCCUCCUCUCUAUGAAGUUUUGAGCCCUGCUGAACUCCAUGACGUGUGUAAUUAUAAGACUGAUGAACACGCCUGUAGAUGAUGGAGGCAACAGACGCCAACUAAAAUCGCUCUGUUGACACCUAGUGAACAUGCCGUGAUUACGUACCCUAUAUUUUCUAUUUGUCGGUAUUAUAUUUGAAGUUAAUAUACUGUAACAAAUUUUGUUUUAUUGGUAACAUAUGUUAGCAGUCGAUAAAAAUGAGAUCAGCAUUUCAGUGUUUCGAUAUGUUACAUGCGUGAUACAUUUGACACCCUAAAAUAUAUGAUGUGUGUUUUUCUUUGUGGUACCCAAUAUAACUGCGCUUUUUUUAUCAAUUCUGUUUUCUGAUGUAUUUGCCGGUAUUGUAUUUGACUGUAAUAUAGCGUUACAGAUUUAGUUUUAUUGGUAACGUAUGCUAGCAGAGUCGAUAAAAAUGAGAUCAGCAUUUCAGAUAUUACAUGCAUGAUACAUUUGACACCCUAAAAUAUCUGGUGUGUUCUUUCUUUGUGGUAUCCUGCAUAACUGCAUCUUUCUGUUUUUCUUAUGUAUUUGCCGGUAUUGUAUUUGACUGUAAUAUAGCGUUACAGAUUUUGGUUUAUUUGGCAAUGUGUCUGCAGAAUGGAUUAAAAGAAAACAGGGACAUGUACAUACUGUACCGAAUCUACGAAAACCUGUUUCUCUUAAACACAGGUAUUUAAGCCUUGAAAAUAUAAUUAUUAUAGUUACAUGCGUGUGUAAUACGAAAACAGGCUUUGUAAAUUCGGUCCUUAGUGUUUUGAUAUAUAUGUAUAGCAGUGUUACAUUUAACAUGUUAAAUAUAUGACAUGUUCUUUGUAGUAUAGUAUGCAUUUCCCCCCUCCCUACAUGUAUUCCUUGUCUUGUGUUGUCAUUGAAUUUGCUGUUAAAUUGCUGCUUAAUUUAUCUUGUAGUUUGUCUAUAGAAUUUUAUGUGGAAGUUCAAAGUAACAAAGCCACGUGGAAUGUUUGGCAGGGUUUUUUUUGGUGUGUUUUCUGUUUUUCUUUUCUCUUACUGAACAUAAUAAGAAGGUAUUUAGCUGUACUAUCCUGUCUGUGCAUAUAAAAGAUCCCUUGCUGCCAGAGGCGGAUCUAGGGGUGGGGGUGGGUGGCAGUUCCCUCUAAAUUCUGCAACAGUUAUAAUUUUAUUAUAUAUUAAUUUUAA